AUGGAAGGAUAUAAAUACCAUGUGAUGCUGGAUAUGAAAUCCAAAUUGAUGUUGUGUUGGAAUGUAUUUUAUGAAAAUAAAACUGUGUCAUUUAGAAUCACCUGUCAACUUCCACCUGAUUAUUGGUUUGGAGUGGGAUUUUCUGGUUAUGGAGAAGUGACGAACGCUGAUUUUGUAGUGUUUUGGAAUGAUCCUGUAAAGACGCACCAUUUACAGGACUCUUGGACUGAUGACAAAGGGGCUCUUCAUUCUGAUAAAUCUCAAGAUUAUUAUCUGAAUAAAGCUAGAACUGAACAUGGAUUAUCUAUUCUUGAAUUUUCUAGACCAUUUGAUAGUUGUGACGACCACGAUUAUUUGUUAGAUAAUGGAACGACACAUGUUGUAUAUUUUACCUCUAAAGGAACACCAUCAUCAUGUAUUGGUAAAGAUGUUCGACAACUGCGCCAUGGAUUUCAACGUGUUCAGUUGUUAAAACCUGAUGUUAAUCUACCUUCACUUCCUAGUGAUGUGUGGACAUUUGACAUUACAGCACCAAAGGUCCAUGUUCCUGGGGUGGAAACAACAUAUUGGUGGUAUAUAACAACAUUACCAAAAUUAAACCACAAACAACAUAUCGUAAGGUAUGAAGGUAUUAUACAAAAAGAAAAUGAAGGAAUUGUACAUCAUAUAGAAGUUUUCCAUUGUUUUGGUAAUAAUCCCGUCAAACCAUACAGUGGUCCUAAAGUACCCGAGGGUAAAAUGGAUCCUAAUUCCGAUUUGGCUAGAUGUAAAAAUGUUAUGGGAGCCUGGGCCAUGGGAGCAGAGCCCAUAAUUUACCCAGAAGAAGCUGGUUCGCCAAUUGGUGGUAAAGAUUUUUCUCAUUAUGUGUUACUUGAAGUUCAUUUCCAUAACCCACAUUUACAGACAGGUCACGUGGACAGUUCUGGUAUAAGAUUCUACGUAACACCAACAUUAAGACAGUAUGAUAUGGGUAUAAUGGAACUAGGAUUAGAGUACACUGAUAAAAUGGUCAUACCACCAGGAGAAGAUAGAUUUACUCUGUCUGGUUACUGUAUAGCUGAUUGUACUCAGAUGGCGUUACCUAAGGAUGGAAUCAAUAUUUUUGCAUCACAAUUACACACACAUCUAACAGGUAAAAGAGUUUGGACGAAACAUGUUCGGAAUGGGUUGGAACUACCAGAGGUCAAUCGUGACAACCAUUAUAGUCCACAUUUCCAGGAAGUUCGAGUUCUCCGAAGACCAAUCAAUAUAUUACCAGGUGAUGCGUUAAUUACUGAAUGCGAAGACAGUACUGUUGAUAGAAGAAACGUAACAUUUGGUGGAUUUUCGAUCACAGAAGAAAUGUGUGUAAAUUAUAUACAUUAUUAUCCUAAAGUAAAUUUGGAAGUUUGUAAAAGUUCUAUCAGUUAUGACAGUCUAUAUAACUUCUUUUAUUUUAUGAAGAGAAUGGAAAGUGUAGAUAUAGUGAUUAAUGAAGGUAUUAAGUAUAACUAUAACAGUAUACCAUGGUUACCUAUUAAUGUCCAUCUAUUAGACUAUGUUUAUCAGACAUCACCCAUAUCAAUGCAGUGUAACCAAUCUGAUGGUCAUAGGUUUCCAGUUAGUAGUUUUUUUACAACAUAUACAUUUAAUAUGUUCACAAUUCCACGGUAA